AUGCUGUUGGGCCCAAACCCAGCCUCCGUCUCCACCUCCGUGCCACCCCAACCACGCGCCCACCAGCCUCCGUCUCCACCUCCACGCCACCCCAACCACGCGCCCACCAGCCUCCAUCUCCACCUCCACGCCACCCCAACCACGCGCCCACCAGCCUCCAUCUCCACCUCCACGCCACCCCAACCACGCGCCCACCAGCCUCCGUCUCCACCUCCACGCCACCCCAACCACGCGCCCACCAGCCUCCAUCUCCACCUCCACGCCACCCCAACCACGCGCCCACCAGCCUCCAUCUCCACCUCCACACCACCCCAACCACGCGCCCACCAGCCUCCGCCUCCACCUCUGUGCCACCCAACCACGCGCCCACCAGCCUCCGUCUCCACCUCUGUGUCACCCCAACCACGCGCCCACCAGCCUCCGUCUCCACCUCCACGCCACCCCAAUCAUGCGCCCAUCGUGACAGCUCUGAGUGGCCAGGUGUUAACCCGUAGAGUAACGUCUAUGUUGCCACCUGCGGCGGGUGGCACCGCCUCACUCCUGAGCCCCGGGGACCUGUGCUGCAACCCCCUGCUGGAGCCUGCCACGAGCUCCACAGCGCUCCCUCGCCCACCUAGACACUCCCAACACCGCGGUGUCCGCAGGACCAUGUGA